GGCAACGGGUGGCAACAGACGUUUCCUCAGAAUGCGUAUGCUUAUUGAGUUCUUUUAAGUUUGUUGGACCCAGCCCUAGAUGGACUGUAGAACAGUGGUUUGGCUUCUUGGCCUGUCGUUGGUUUUGUUAUAAACGGUGCAUUUGUAUUGCGAACCAAGGUAAAUGUCGACCGUGUAAUUUGUGACACAGACAAUGUAGGACUUCUACGGCACACACCUUUCUGGCUGUCACAAGGAAAAAAACGUUAAUUUUCAGAACUAUAACCACGGACCCCGAUUGGUAAUAAAUCACAGUUUGUUUGUACUAAGACAGCCUUCAAAUCAGCUUCCUCGGAUCUCCUUCAGUGUCGGCAUCACCUGCCCGUCAGAAUCGAAUACAGCUUGAUUCUGUUGGACACAGGCCCUUGAUCUUGCGUUUUGUGAAAGAACGGAAAACACAUCGCUCGGUUAACUCAUACUAGGGUUUAUAUUACCAUCACCACAAAAUGAACUGACCGUCGACGCACCAUUGUCAUUCACGAAGUCACCGCCAUCUAUCUAGAUAAAGAAGAAGAACGUUAUUGAGUACAGAAGCAGGACGUACAGGUUACAGGCGUGUAACUGCAGUUUAUAGUUUCUUCGUAUAGCGCGGCAUCAAAAUGGGCAAUUUUACCCCUAUCUCCGAUGUCAUUUUGACAGAGACGCUCGAUAAACAAAGUGUUGAACUUUCGUUUAUAUCAAUCACCAAAUAUGACGCUAGCGACUAUUUGAACAACACCUUUGAUUAUCAAAACAUAACAAAUAUUACCGUGCCAGAACCUUCUCUCCAAGCUCACUCAAUAGUUGCCGCUAUAAUGUAUAGCUUGAUUUUUUUGAUUGGCUUAUUGGGUAACGUUCUGGUUUUGUAUGUCAUCUUAAGAUAUGUGAAGAUGAACACUGUGACCAACAUGUAUAUAUGUAACCUGGCCGUGGCUGAUGUCCUUUUUGUAUUGGGGAUCCCAAUCACUAUUGCCACCAUACUAAUGGAAUCGUGGAUAUUCGGCGACUUCAUCUGUCGAGUGUUCUUUGUCACUAAUUGCGUCAACAGUUUCACCAGCAUUUUCACCCUUGCCGUCAUGAGUAUGGACCGCUACAUGGCCGUCUGCCACCCAGUGGCAGCAAUGGACUUCCGGACAACCAAACUGGCCCGGAUAAUCUGCAUCAUUGUGUGGGUGGUCUCUGGCGCUUUGAUGAUCCCGGUGGUGUUGUACGCACGUAUCGACACUGACGAGCGGGGUAAACCCACUUGUGGCGUCGAAUGGCCAGAGAGUGACAAGCUGACCAGUGCCCAGGCGUUCACCUGGUACACCUUCUUAAUGGGGUACGCCAUCCCAGUUGCUUUGAUAUCGGUAUUCUACACCCUAGUGGUGGUGCGCGUAGGUCAGAUGGGACCCGCUAGUGGAUCAGAAGGUGCCAACCGAACCCAUCGCCGUGUGACCCGAAUGGUCCUCAUUGUGAUCGCCGUUUAUAUCGUUUGCUGGAUGCCUUUUUACAUACAACAGGUGCUGCUUGUUCACGGGGUCAUUGUGGGAGAUGUCAAGAUGUCUCUCUUCAAUACCAUCCUAGCUUACGCUAAUAGCAUGAUGAAUCCGUUUUUAUAUGCAUUCUUCAGUGAAAAUUUCAAAAAAAGUUUCCUCAAGGCUUUUCAUCGCAGGUCUGUUGACGGAUUCGAAGCUACCGGACAGCCAGACCCCCGCGAAAACAGUGCCUUUCCACCACCUCCCGCCAUCUUGAAGAGCUGUCGCUGUGCCAAUGGAGGAGGGUCGAAUCUCAAUAUGGCAGAAGGCCCUACCGCAGAGGUUGGAACGUGCACUGAGGCCAUCCCUCUGCAAAGUGUCUCUUGUAGUGAGGAGAACCAUAAUAAGAUCGACCUGCAACCAGACGACGUUGACGAGAAGAUGCUGCAUCCGUAUUACAAACCAUUCGCCUAUGAACAUGAACCGUCUAUUGUGACAAGUGUAGAUGUAUAGGGGAAAGUGUAGCAUGUUGAUUGUACAGUCAAAUACUACAUCGCCGUAGGCAAAACAGUUGAAAAAGCUGGAUUGCGUUGGAAAUAUUAAAAACUGGAGUUUGGUGACUGAAAAGGAAAUGGCGGUAAAAAGUGUAGCAGAGAAUUAUCAGCUUCUUAUUCUGUAAGCAGAGGGUUAUUAUCACUAGGUUUAUAUGAUGGAAAAAAAAGCAAUCGCAUUGUGACCAGGAAGAGAAAUAUAUGAAAAUGACGCAAGUGACCAGUUAAGAGAGUAUUUAAAAUAAUAAACGUUGUGAUUAGAAUAGAUCUGAUUUCAAAAAAACUUUUUAGCCAGUGUCUGCUGUCCCUUAAUUAUACAUGGUGACCAGAUGCGUGCAGACAGAUAUCGAUAAAAUGUAUGUGGAGUAUCCUCCAAAUAAGCUCUUCACGCAGAUCGGAUGUUAAAAAACAUGGGCCUCAAAACACUUAUCAGAUGAAGAAACGGAACGUAAACUUCUGAGAGUGCCAACUACGUGACUGCUCCCUGGAGGUCAAGGUGUAUUGAUUGGUUUACAGGAAACAAGGCUGAACUAAGUGCUCGUUCCCAAUGAAACAAUCUUUCUACAAAUAUCGAUCCAGCUCCGUAGGGAAUCUCAGAUUAAUAGAUCAGAUUAUAUGCGAAUCAGAUUAAUAGAUUAGCACACCUCCUCUUGGCAUUUAGUAAUAUACAGAAAAGCUGGUGAUUACACGAGAACGUUGGAAACAAGAGGCGUGUUAAUCUGUUAAUGUGAUUACAUUCAGCAGGAGUCUCCACGGAGUUGGAUUGAUCUAUGUAGAACGAUAGCUUUAACGGCAAUGCACCCUAAUCUUCUUUUUUGGCACGAUGACUGUCUUAUUUGUGAGUACACCAACAAUUAGUUCAGGUUUAGGUGUAUUCAUAUUUUCUUAACAGUGGGUAGGCGCGGUAUUAAUAUUUUAGGUAAAUCCAGUUGUCUGAUUUACAUGAAUUGAAACGAUGUUCAGUCGUGUGCGUCCCUUUUAAAGCCACGAAGAACAAUUAUCCAAAUGUACGUGGUGUCAUUUAUACUACAAAAUGAUUGAUUUAGUGCUUUAAAUAUUCAUUACUCAUUAUUUAUGCACAGGCGAACUAACGCACAUAUAUUGUUCAAAUACUGUACGCACGUCUUCGUCAUUCCCAAUCUUCGUGUUAAAGUGUUCGUACGCAGGCCC